AUGUUGGGCUGGGUCCAGAGGGUGCUGCCUCAGCCCCCAGGGACACCUCAGAAGACCAAGCGAGAGGAGGAGGGGGCAGAACCAGGGCCAGAGUUGGAGCCGAAGCCCGAAACAGCCCCCGAGGAGGCUGAGCUAGAGGAAGUGUCCCUGCCACCGGAGGAGCCCUGCAUGGAGAAGGAAGUGGCUGCGGCUACUCUGGGCUCUCAAGGAACCCAGGAGACUGCUCUCACUCCGCCCACAUCCCUCCAGGCCCAGGUCUCUGUGGCUCCCGAAGCUAACAGCGGUCCCAGAGGCUGGGUGCUGACCUGGCUCAGGAAGGGCGUGGAGAAGGUUGUCCCGCAGCCCGUCCGCAGCAGCAGGCCCGCCCAGAACACUGCUGCUGGCUUGGAGAGUCCAGAUCAGGCAGGAGCACAGGUCCUUGGGCAGUGUGACACUGGGGGCUCAGAUGAACCCAGUGAACCCUCCAGGGCCAAAGACCCCGGGCCCGGGCCCUGGCUGCUCCGGUGGUUCGAGCAGAAUCUGGAGAAAAGGCUGCCUCAGCCCCCGAAAAUCUCUGAGGGCUGGAGCGAUGAGCCUACAGAUGCUGCCUUGGGUCCAGAGCCCCCAGGACCCGCCCCGGAGAUCAAGCCCGUGCCACAGGCCCAGGAGAGCCCCUCCCUGCCUGCUCCUGGCCCCCCAGAGCCUGAGGAAGAACCGACCCCAGAGCCCCAGCCCAGUAUUCAAGCCUCCUCCGUGCCACCCCCACAGGACUCUGCCAGGUUGAUGGCCUGGAUCCUACACAGGCUGGAGAUGGCCCUGCCACAGCCAGUGAUCCGUGGGAAGGGUGGGGAGCAGGAGUCUGAUGCCCCAGUGACAUGUGACGUGCAGACCAUCAGCAUCCUCCCUGGAGAGCAAGAGGAGUCGGAUCUCAUCCUAGAAGAGGUUGACCCUCACUGGGAGGAGGAUGAACACCAGGAAGGCAGCAUCAGCACCGGCUCGCAGAUCUCAGAGGCAGCUCCAGCUGAUGAAGAGAAGGGCGAGGUGGUGGAGCAGAUGCCCAGGGAGCUGCCUCGGAUUCAAGAGGAAAAAGAAGAGGAGGAGGAGGAAGAGAAGGAAGACGGAGAGGAGGAAGAAGAGAAAGGCAGAGAGAAAGAGGAGGAAGAAGGCAAAGAAAAAGAGGAGGAAGGCAGAGAGAAAGAGGAAGAAAAAGGUGGAGAGAAAGAGGAAGAAGAAGGCAGAGAGAAAGAGGAGGUGGAAGGCGGAGAGGAGGAGGAAGACGAAGAGGAGGAGCAGGACGAGGCUCUGGGGACCUGGCUCCUCUCUGACGCUAUGUCCUCCUUCCCCUCCCCAGUACCUGCCACGGAAGAGCACCCCGAAGUGCAGGUGGAAGACGCUGAUGCUGACAGUCGCCCCCUCAUCGCAGAGGAGAACCCACCCUCUCCCGUGCAGCUGCCCCCGUCUCCUGCCAAAUCUGACACCCUUGCAGUCCCAGGAUCGGCCACAGGGAGCCUCAGGAAGAGGCUGCCUUCCCAAGAUGAUGAGGCUGAAGAGCUCAAGAUGCUGUCACCAGCUGCAUCCCCUGUGGUCGCCUGGUCGGACCCCACCAGCCCACAGGGCACUGAUGAUCAGGACCGUGCAACCUCCACAGCCAGCCAGAACAGUGCCAUCAUCAAUGACCGGCUCCAGGAGCUGGUGAAGCUUUUCAAGGAGCGGACAGAGAAGGUGAAGGAGAAGCUCAUCGACCCUGAUGUCACCUCCGAUGAGGAGAGCCCCAAGCCCUCCCCAGCCAAAAAAGCCCCAGAGCCGGCCCCGGAAGUGAAGCCAGCUGAAGCGGGGCAGGCAGAGGAGGAGCACUACUGUGAGAUGCUCUGCUGCAAGUUCAAACGCCGCCCCUGGAAGAAGUACCAGUUUCCCCAGAGCAUCGACCCGCUGACCAACCUGAUGUACAUCUUGUGGCUCUUCUUCGUGGUGCUGGCCUGGAACUGGAACUGCUGGCUGAUUCCCGUGCGCUGGGCCUUCCCCUAUCAGACGCCGAGCAACAUCCACCUCUGGCUGUUGAUGGAUUACCUGUGCGACCUCAUCUACCUCUUGGACAUCACCGUGUUCCAGAUGCGCCUGCAGUUUGUCAGAGGCGGGGACAUCAUUACGGACAAAAAGGAGAUGCGCAACAAUUACCUGAAAUCUCAGCGCUUUAAGAUGGACAUGCUCUGCCUCUUGCCCUUGGACUUACUCUACUUGAAAUUCGGUGUGAAUCCCCUGCUGCGCUUGCCCCGCUGUUUGAAGUAUAUGGCCUUCUUUGAGUUUAACAACCGCCUGGAAUCCAUCCUCAGCAAAGCCUACGUUUACAGGGUUAUCAGGACCACAGCCUACCUGCUCUACAGUUUACAUCUGAACUCAUGUCUGUAUUACUGGGCGUCGGCCUAUGAGGGCCUCGGCGCCACUCACUGGGUUUAUGAUGGCGUGGGAAACAGUUACAUUCGCUGUUACUACUGGGCUGUGAAGACCCUCAUUACCAUCGGCGGCCUGCCCGACCCCAGGACACUCUUUGAAAUUGUCUUCCAGGGUCUAAAUUAUUUCACGGGCGUCUUCGCUUUCUCCGUGAUGAUCGGACAGAUGAGAGACGUAGUGGGGGCCGCCACCGCGGGACAGACCUACUACCGCAGCUGCAUGGACAGCACCGUGAAGUACAUGAACUUCUACAAGAUCCCCAAGUCCGUGCAGAACCGGGUCAAGACCUGGUACGAGUACACCUGGCACUCCCAAGGCAUGCUGGAUGAGUCAGAGCUGAUGGUGCAACUUCCGGACAAGAUGCGAUUGGACCUCGCCAUCGACGUGAACUAUGACAUCGUCAGCAAAGUGGCACUCUUCCAGGGCUGUGACCGGCAGAUGAUCUUUGACAUGCUGAAGAGGCUGCGCUCUGUCGUCUACCUGCCCAAUGACUACGUGUGCAAGAAGGGGGAGAUAGGCCGGGAAAUGUACAUCAUCCAGGCGGGUCAGGUGCAGGUCUUGGGUGGCCCGGAUGGGAAAUCCGUGCUGGUGACGCUGAAGGCUGGAUCUGUGUUUGGAGAAAUAAGCUUGCUGGCUGUUGGGGGCGGGAACCGGCGCACAGCUAACGUGGUGGCCCAUGGGUUUACCAACCUCUUCAUUCUGGAUAAGAAGGACCUGAAUGAAAUUCUUGUGCAUUAUCCUGAGUCUCAGAAGUUGCUCCGCAAGAAGGCCAGGCGAAUGCUGAGAAAUAACAACAAGCCCAAGGAGAAGAGUGUGCUUAUUCUCCCUCCGCGGGCGGGCACCCCCAAGCUCUUCAAUGCCGCCCUGGCCGCAGCAGGAAAGAUGGGUGCCAAGGGAGGAAAAGGCGGCAAGCUUGCCCUCCUCAGGGCUCGACUCAAGGAGCUGGCCGCGCUGGAGGCGGCCGCCAGACAGCAGCAGUUGCUGGAACAGGCCAAGAGCUCGGAAGAUGCCACCCUGGGACAGACGGGAUCAGCUGCCCCCGAACAGUCCCCGGCUCCAGAGCCGCCGGCCCCAGAGCCCCUGGCCCCAGAGGCCCCGGCCCCGCGCUCUCCACCACCUGCCUCCCAGGAGAGGCCAGGUGGACACGAGGAGGCCGCGGCGCGACCAGAGGAGCACUCGGUGCGGAUCCAGGUGAGCCCGGGCCUGGAUCCCAGCGAACAGAUCCCGUCGGUGGAGAUCCCUGAGGAGCAGGAGGAGAAGGAGAAAAAGGAGGAGGAGACAGAAGAAAAGGAAGACGGGGAGGAGGCGAGGAAGGAGAAGAAGGAGGAGUGA